AUGGGAUUUGCGUUCUUUGUCGAUAUUGAAUAUGAGAAAGUCCCUGAGUUCUGUUCAUUUUUCUCCUGCAUAGGACAUUCUAUCCAUUCUUGCAAGAGAAAAGGGAUUGGAAAUUCUAAGGAGAUGGAUAGAAAGAAGAACAAAACAGACUUAGAAAAAGAGAAAAAGAAGGUGAUUGAGGUUGAUACUCAAUGUGGUAAGGAGCCAGAAAACAAUGAAGCUGGAAAAUCUAAUAAAGAGGGAGUCUCUAACUCAAAUAAAUCUGAUGAGGUUGUUAUUUUGCAACCAGUUGCUAAAGCUAUUGAUGACAUUAUGGUUAACUUUGUUACAGGUCCAGCCAUUGACGAGGAAGGCACAUCUGAAAGUGAAUAUAUAGAUGCUACUCAAAUGGUAGACUUGGUUCCUGAAACUCAAAUUGCUGAAGCUCACAAAAAGAAAAUCACAGACUUCCUCCAACAAUCUUGGGACAAUAUGGCCGAAGAAGAUAGAGAGGCAGAUGAUGGUGUUGACCUUUUCCCAGAAAAGGAUUUCCAAUUGGUCACUUCAAAGAAAAUGAAGAACAAGAAAUCUUUCUCGAUUGGUAAAACUAGACCUGUGUCUGGUAAAUCUAAUCUGACUUUAUGGAUUGCUUAUAUUGGAAUAUUAGAGGUUUGGCUUGCCAGGCUGGAUCUUAAGCCUUUUGCUUUUAACAAUAGAAUUAAUAACCUUCCUAAUCUCUGGUGCUUCUAUGAGUAUAGAGGUAAUAAUUCUCCUUCCAAAACUCCCAUUACCGAUUUUUUUAAUUGGUCUGAUACUAACCACUUCAUUCACCUCCCUACUUUGGGAAACCUCUUCACUUGGUGUAAUUGUAGGAGAGGAAGACAUAGAACUGAAAAGCGUUUAGAUAGAGUUAUAUGUAAUAUGGAGUUGAUUGAUGUUUGUAGGUUUGCUGUUUGUAACACCCUUCCUAAGAUAAAGUCUGACCAUUAUCCCAUUCUUUAUUCUAUAAAUUUUGAUGAUAUUCCUUUUAAGUCUCAAUUUAAAUUUCAUAGCAUGUGGACUAAAAAUGAAGACUGUAUUAAAAUUGUUGAGGAUGCUUGGAAAGUUAAAGUGUACGGCUGUCCUAUGUUUGUCUUGGAUAAAAAACUUAAGAUUCUAAAAGCUAGACUAAAAGAUUGGAAUAGGAACUCUUUUGGUAAUGUGCAUAAGAAUGUGGCUAUGGCUGAGAAAGAUUUGAAAGAUGUUCAAACUAACAUUGCUUUGCAGGGCUACACUGACAGUCUUCAGGAUUUGGAAACUAAAGCACAACAUGCUAUGGAAUCUGCCCUGAACAUGGAAGAAGAUUUCUGGAAGGAAAAGUCCAAAAUCAACAGGACUUUGCAUGGAGAUAGGAAUACCAAGUUUUACCACACUUAUGCUAAAAUUAGGAGGAAGACUAACCUUAUAUCUUCUUUAGUCAUUAAUGACACUGUGGUUACUGAUCAAGCUGUCUUGGAAAAUCACAUUGAGCAUCAUUUCAAAAGCCUCUUUAAUAACAAUCACAUUAUGCAGGAUAAUGUUUUGAUUAAUGCUAAUAUCCCUUCUAUGAUUUCUGAUAACACUAAUGCUCUGCUUACUUUACUUCCUUCUGCUGAAGAGAUUCAUGGUGCAGUGUUGAACCUCAAUGCAAAUUCUGCCCCUGGCCCUGAUCGCUUUAGGGGUAUUUUCUUUCAUACUUAUUGGAACAUUAUUAAGAUUGAUGUCAUUAAUGUUGUUACUCAUUUUUUCUCUCAAGGCUGGAUAUUGCCUAAUUACAAUGCUAACACUUUAGUCCUCAUUCCUAAAAUUAAAGAGGCUAGCUAUUGGCUUCCAUUCUUCCAUCCAUUAUUUCUAAAGAACAAAAAGGGUUUUGUUUCUGGUAGGAAUAUUAGAGAUGGUAUCUAUUUAACUUCUGAGGCUAUUAACAUUCUUCCUAAUAAAAGCUUUAGUGGGAAUGUGGCUUUGAAGAUUGACAUUGCUAAAGCUUUUGACACCCUUAAUUGGGAUUUUCUUAUUGAAACUCUUAGAUGUUUUGGUUUUAACUCUGUUUUUUGUAAUCGGAUUUCCAGCAUUCUUAACUCUGCCACUGUUUCUAUAGGUUUUAAUGGGAAUCAAGUUGGCUAUUUCAAAUGCACCAAUGGUGUGAGGCAAGGGGAUCCUCUCUCCCCUCUGCUCUUCUGCAUUGCUGAAGAUGUCCUUAGCAGGGCUAUUUCUAACCUUGUCAUCACCAACCAGUUGAAUCUCAUUAAGGCUAAUAGACAUUGUUUUGUUCCUUCUCACACCUUGUUUGCAGAUGAUAUUAUGAUAUUUUGUAGAGGAGACUCAAAAUCUCUCAAUGCUAUUGCUAAUCUUUUAAGAGAUUGUGGUAACACUUCUGGCCAGUAUUGUAAUUUUUCUAAAUCUUUGAUAUAUGCUGGUGGAAUGACUAUAAACAAACACUGUUCUCUUGCUAACAUUAUUGGAUUCACUGUUGCCAAUCCUCCUUUUACUCAUUUGGGUGUGCCUAUCUUUGUAGGGAAGCCUAAAGCUUGUUACUUUCAAAAGAUUGCUGAUAAUAUUAGGAUAAAGAUGGCUGCUUGGAAGGCUAAGCUUUUGUCUAUGGCGGGAAGAGUCCAAUUGGUGAGAGCUGUUGUCUUCAGCAUGAUGGUUCACUUCCUUUCUGUUUACUCUUGGCCUGGCAGCAUAAUUAAAAGAUUAGAAGGUUGGAUAAGAAAUUUUAUUUGGAGUGGUAGCAUUGACAACAAAAAGCUGGUGACUGUGGCUUGGAAAUCCUGUUGCAAGAAAAUCAAUGAAGGUGGUUUGGGCAUUAUCUCUUUAAAGGCUUAUAACACUGCUAGUAACAUGAACCUGUGCUGGAAAUUUUUGAAUAAUACCCAAAGUUGGUGCACUCUUCUUAAGGCUCGGGUUAAGAGAAAUGGUAGGGUCAUUAAGUACUCCAUUAAGUCUUCUAUUUGGAUAGGAAUUAAAGAUGUUCAUCAGACUGUGCUAGAUAACUGUAGUUGGAUCAUUGGAAAUGGCAAUUUUGUUAACUUCUGGAUGGACAAUUGGCUUGGAGAAUCCCUUGUUAGCAAGUAUAAAAUUCCUGACAGAUUUCAUAGAACUCUAACUUCUAAGGUUUGUGAUUGGUGGUCAAAUAAUAGUUGGAAUGUUAGCAACAACACUCAUGUAGCUUUACCUGAUCUUAGGAAUCUGAUUGCCUGCAUUUCUAUACCCGACAUGGAUGUUCCGGAUGCCUUGGUUUGGAAGAAAUCCACCAAUGGUAUGCUUUCGAUUAAGGAAGCGUAUAAGGAGAUCAUUAAACCUUGCCCUUCUGCUGUUUGGUCGAAUUUCCCGUGGGAUAUUGAUUCUCCCCCGUCUCACUCCAUGCUUGUUUGGCGUCUCAUGCACAACAAAGUACCUACUGAUGAUAAUUUGCAGUUGCGUGGUUUUUCUUUCCCAUCUGUUUGCAGCCUCUGCCUUUCAAGCACAGAAAGUUCUAAGCACCUUUUCUUUGAUUGCUCGUAUGUGCGACAUAUAUGGAAUUGGCUUGAUAGUAUUAUGCUUUUGAGUUUUUCUAUCAAUGGAAUUGAGGAUUGUAAAAGGGCUCUUCAUCACUCUUGGUCGGCUCAGGUUAAAGCUGUUGUGAAUGCUUGCAUUGUUGGUAUUAUCUACAAUAUAUGGAAUGCUAGAAAUAUGGCCAGAUUUGAUGAUGUUCACACUCAUUGGAAAACUGUAAUAUCUCAGCUUGCUGGCAUGAUCAAGGUCAUUGGUAACAACACAAAAAGGUGCUCUAAUACUGAUAUUACUAGCUUCUCUUUGCUUAAAAGAUUGGAUAUUAAGAUAAAUCCUAGGACGGAUCGUUCCUUGGUUAGUGUUGUUUGGUCUCCUCCGUCUAGAGGCUGGCUCAAAUGCAACGUUGAUGGUGUAGCUUCGGAACCCCUUGGAAUUCGGCGUGUGGCGGGAUUUUUUGGGAUCACGAUGCGAGGCAUGUUCUUAGCUUUAGUGCUUUUGUGGGCUGUGAACCUCCAGAAAUUGCUGAAUUCCUGGCAGCCAUCAUGGCUAUGGAAAAAGCCAAAGCUUUAA